UAAGAGGUGGGAGCACGGCAUCGAGGGCCAGAUAAGAGCAAGCGGAGGCCACUCUGGGGAACUGCGGGUGAGAGCCUGUGAAUUGGCCCUGGGGCUCGGUGCUGAGCCGUGGGCAGGAAAAUGCCGGCCCGCUCCUUCCGGGCCUCUCCCUGCGCCCGCUAGCACACCCGCGGCCACUGCCCGCAGUCCCCCGUUCAGGGCGACAGCGCCGUCCCAAGAUGUGCUGCGGGGCGCUCUGGGUGGCCCUGCCUGUGCUCUCCCUGCUGGCGGGCUGUGCGCCCGGGAAGCCCCUGGAGAGCCGGGGAAGGGCGUCAGCCGGGGGAGAUGCCCACCGCUUGCUCCCGGGGCCUGGAGGGGAGCGGGAGGGGGACGCCUUCGACCUGAGGAUGUUUCUGGAGAACAUGAAGGUGGACUUCCUGCGCAGCCUCAACCUCAGCGGCAUCCCUUCCCAGGACAGAACCCGAGCGGAACCACCCCAGUACAUGAUCGACCUGUACAACAGAUACACCACCGACAAGUCCACCACCCCCGCGUCCAACAUCGUGCGCAGCUUCAGUGUGGAAGAUGCUGUAUCUAUCACAGCCACAGAAGACUUCCCCUUCCAGAAGCAUAUCUUGCUCUUCAAUAUCUCCAUUCCUAGGCAUGAGCAGAUCACCAGGGCCGAGCUCCGACUCUAUGUCUCCUGUCAAAGUCAUGCAGACACUUCUCAUGAGCUGAGAGGCAACAUGGCUAUUUAUGAUGUUCUGGAUGGAGCAGAUGCUUGGGAAGCUUCUGCAGACACCAAGACAUUCCUUGUGUCCCAGGACAUUUCAGAUGAAGGUUGGGAGACCUUUGAGGUCUCCAGUGCUGUGAAGCGGUGGGUCAGAGCAGACUCUACCAAGAGCAAAAAUAAACUGGAAGUGACUGUGGAGAGUCACAGGAAGGGCUGUGAUAAGCUGGAUAUCAGUGUCCCCCCAGGCUCCAAAAACCUGCCCUUCUUUGUUGUCUUCUCCAAUGACCGCAGCAAUGGGACCAAGGAGACCAGGCUGGAGCUCAGGGAGAUGAUUGGCCAUGAACAGGACAGUAUGUUCAAGAAGGUGUCCAAGAAUGGUCUGGCAGAGGCAGGUGACCACAGGGAUGAGGAGGACGGGGAAGCUCACACAGCCGCAGCGUCCUCUUUAGCCAGACGGAAGAGGAGUGCCGGUGCCAACAACCACUGUCAGAAGACCUCCCUACGGGUGAACUUCGAGGACAUUGGCUGGGACAGCUGGAUCAUUGCACCCAAGGAGUAUGAUGCUUACGAAUGUAAAGGUGGCUGCUUCUUCCCCCUAGCCGAUGACGUCACGCCGACAAAGCAUGCCAUUGUGCAGACCCUGGUGCAUCUCAAGUUCCCCAUGAAGGUGGGCAAGGCCUGCUGCGUGCCCACCAAACUGAGCCCCAUCUCCAUCCUCUACAAGGAUGACAUGGGAGUCCCCACCCUCAAAUACCAUUACGAAGGAAUGAGUGUGGCAGAGUGUGGGUGCAGGUAGUGCUGGCCUGAGGGACAGGGUGAAGCAGGGUGGAGGGCUCCUGUGUCCCUCUGGGCAUCAUGGGGACUAAGUCUGCCUGCAUGGCAGCCUGAGGGAGGAAAGGGAGCUGCCAUGUCCUGAAGGUAAAUGCCGGCCCACACCAAGCAUACACCACUGGGUCUAACCGCAGGGGUAGGCAAUGGCCAGGGAUGAAGGGUGGGGAUUGGGGAGAAGAGGAAAGCCUAGAAGGAUUGUUGGGGGGCAAGAGGUGACAAUGGAAAGAGGACAAGAGAAAAAUAACCCGGAGUCAGCAGAAAAUAGCACAAAUGAGACAGGGGAGUAUAGACAAGUUGAGGUGCAGAGAUGUACAGGGAUUAAAGGAGGCAAGAAGGGUGGGACACAUUCCAAUAACCCCAGGGGGUGAAGGGGACAGGGACAGCAUGUGCUCGACACCCAUCAUUUUACAGAUUCCCAGAACUCAGUGAGAUGGGUGUUGUGAGUCCCAAUUUACACAUGCAGGAACCAAAAUGCAGGCAGUUGAAGUAACACCGGUCAACGCCGUGAUUUCAACCCGUAGGUCUGCAUAGGUCUGUCCACCACCAAAGCCCUGGGGCUUCUCAAAUACCCCAUCCAAGUUUAUCGGGUCACCUUGCAGCGAAAGAAUAAUUAGAUUCUGGGAGGCAGGGAGCAUGGGGCAAGCUGGAUUCAGCCCUGGCCAGUACCACCAAUAUGACUGGGCUGUUUGAAGGUCCCAGGGCCCAUUCCAACUGCUCAGUGCCUAUGCUGUUUCAAUGGCUCAAUGAUUUUUAAGAUGACCCUCAAACCACUGAGGAACACUCCCCAAACCAACUGCAGGAUGGAGAGAGUGUGUGCCAGAGCCCUUGGGUUGCAGUAUGCACUGGGGUUGGAGGGACAUGGGCCCUUUCCCACCAGCAUCUCACAUGUGACCACCAGCUGCCUGUGGCUUCGAACUUUGAGAUGGUUUGGAAGGAGCAGGUAUGAUCUACCCUGAGGGACAGGGCAGCCUACAGCUCAUGUGGCUGCUGUUAAUUUACUCAGCAUAACUGGCUCACCAGCAUAACACAACUGUGGGCUUCCCUCCCACCAGGACUCUGUGGGAGACCGAACCUGGAUUUGAAUUUGCUGGAAUAAAUGUGUCCUUGCUUUGGUAUUUGCGAUGUCCCUAUUUUUACUUCUUGGUGAUAGGUGCUCAAGUAAUGACAUCCAGCCUUCCUAGGUGAGGGCUCCCAGCCACUGGGGAACUCAGGUCCUUAUUAGCCAUGGCCAGCUCUGCCUGCACCUGCUGGAUUUCUUGAGCUGUGUGUCCUGGCCUUGAACCCCAGGACUGGACUCAGCACCCACUGAUCCCAAAAAAAGACAGAGUUUCCGUUUCCUCUGAGUUCCAUUCUCUCCUCUGACUCUAGAGGUCACGCAUGGAAUGGGGUGGAGUGAGGAAGAGUCUAGAAGUGGUGAAGAUUCCAGUCCGUGGCCUUUCUGGUCACUGGCCAGGGCAAAGCCUAUAAAAGGCCUGAAGAGCCCCAGACCUUUCCCACUGGUUGAAGCUCCCAGUGUAUUUAAAAAAAAAAGUUUGUGUUAAAUGUUUACGUGGAACCAAAGAAGAGCUUUAACACAGUUAAUACAAAUUAUUUAAUUUAAAUACAAUUAAUUACUGGAAUUGUAGAAAAUACUAAUUCCUGGUACGACAAUGUUGCUGAAUCAUAAAGACGGACGAGGAAUGUCUUUUAGUCCUGGUGGUGUACUUCUGUGCCUGCAUCAAAGUUACACUUUGAAAUACAAUCAAACAUCUAAACUGUGGACUUUCCUGAAUGUGAGACCUGGGCAGUAUGGUCCCUCCAUGCUGUCCCCUCCCCACCCCUCCCCAUAGGCCCUUCUUUCUCUGGGGGGCAGGGAGAAAGUGUUGCCAUAGCAGUGGGCAGUGGGCGGACUCAUGGGGACAGUGUCUCUGUAGGCUGGGAGAGUGGAAAUGUCCAUAUAAGGGCAUGUAUGUGGUUCUGUGAGAGAGUAGACAUUUGCAAGUGGGCAACAGUUAGCCCCAUGUUUUCCCUGAUCUCCCCCAUGUCAGGGGAGGGAGGCCAUGAGUCUUCCCCUGCCCAGUGGCCUGCGACCUGCCCCACUAUUCCAGCACCAGCUCCUACUGUGUCCCUGUUCAACGCCCCGCUCCAGCCACACUCCCUCAGGGCCACACCCUCAGUCUCAGGGGCAACUGCCCUGGCCAUCCCACUCCCAGCUGCACAGCCCAAGUCACCGUCUGUGAAGACCCAACUCUAGUGGCACCCCCUCUGGCCCCUCUCCCAAUGCCUCGGCUCUGAUAUUCCUACUCUGAGGAGCACUACAAUGCUUCUGUCUUGUGGCUGUUAUGGGCUGGGCAUGGGGACCUGCUCACCUUUUGUCCUAAGCCGCCUAUGGCACAACAUCUGCUGGGGACAAGGCCUGGGU